AUGUGUCAAGAUGUCGUGUCGACCGUCACAAGAUUCAACUGGUCAGCUGUCUCUGUCAUCUCCCCCAGCCCGGGGUCCCCAGCAUCUCGCAACGCCGAGAUAUUGUUCAACGAUCUCGCGCUUAAGAACGAGAUUUGCGUUCUGCCUCCUCUUCCCGGCAUACCCCGGGUUCACUUUACCCAAGACUGCAUGAACACGUCAUCACCCAGCGCAGGAAACACCCCCACUCUUUCCGUUUCUUGGGCAGGUGAAGCAGAAUGUGACGACAUCAUCAAAACAAGCGACGGGAACCAGUCGACGUCAUUGAGCUCUAGGAUACAGAUUUUCCAGGAAACGAUGGAGCUAAACUGUAGUCGUGGUGACGCAGACAACUCAUCAGACGUCUGCGUGUUUCUGGACUCGCUAGAGACUAUGCCCGUGGGUGCGGUGUUGUGGAGCAACAUGUUUGUACGUGGUCUGUGUUCAGCUUUAAAUCUUUCAUCGUCAGAUACUUCCCUGUGUGAUGCUUUACUCAGCUUGUUCCCCAAUCAGUCAAACGUCGUGAGUUUUGUCGACCCGGCUGGUGUUGUGACUAGGGUCACAGAAACCACAGAGCCGAGUGACGUUCUAAACAAUGCGAGUUUUAGCCAAUCGUGUGGACGAUUCUGUAGCUUCUGCCUUAAGUGCCCUGCCACGCUUGUGGACCGCGGUGCCAGAAAACCAUUAAUGGCGGUCGGAGAAGGUGAUUUUGUUGUUGUUGGGCUAUUCCCUAUCCACACGUCUUCUGUGAGUGGAUUCUGCGACCAGCCGAACCCGCCCGGGUAUCUUUCUGCGAUUGGAUUCCUGGAAUCGAUUCAACUCUAUGCUAAAAAUAACACUUCAUCGCCUCGAAUACAAGGCGUGUUAUUCGAUACUUGCGGAUCAUCAGAGUAUCGUAGGCUAUUCGAAGAAAUCGAUUCCUGUAAGAUGGGCGUGCAAAGAAUCAAUGACGUCACACAGUCUUCUAAAAUUCUGGAUCCUGCCGAGGUUCUAGCGUAUGUCGACGGAUCAAACCUUCCAAAUGUAGGACAUGAUAAACCGAUGUUGUAUGUUGAUAGCUCGGGUUACUCAACAAUCAACAACAUCCAUCAACAAUUUGCGGAGAACGCGUUGACUGCGCUCUCAAAACUCAACUGGACCGUCUUAAACGUCAUCGUGUCUGACAAAGAGCCUUUCUUGACCAUCGUCCGGCAUCUCAAGACGUCGAACAAAGCUAAAGAUUUCUGCUUUGUUAACUUGGUUGUUCUAGGUGUAAAAAAAGAUAUUUUAGCUCAGGAGCUCAACCAAACUCUCAACCCUUUCAGUCAAACUCCACUGUACCUUCUUCUCACUGAUCAUAACGACACACUAGAAUUCCUUCUGCGACUGCGCAAGUUACCCUCUACCGGAAGCGGCAAUAUAACCCUGAUCUACACGCCAUGGAAUGAACUAACCCCAAUGCCCAAAGACCCCCACACUAACCCAAACCUUAUCCUCCGUUACCACGCUGACCAGCAGACGAUACCAAACGACAACAUCGCUCGUUUGGUGCUGAACUCAAACACGUUCGCGCCACUUCCGUUCAAGAAGGAUGAGAGCGCUAAAUAUAGUAACAUCCUGUCAGCUGUCUUCAGGGGAACCUACGAUUGGCUGUCACGGCUAGAACUGACAGCUGAACAGCCAAUCAGAAACACGGGGGUGGAGUCUACAAGCCUGGAGGUGGUGCUGGUAAAGAAUGGAACUGAGACUGUCCUUGCUGACGUAGACGGCGCCUACCUGUCCAAGACCCAGGUCACCCUGCUGCCCCACAAUACCUGUCGUGGCUGGUGCCCCGCGUGCUACAGGUGCCACACCCCGCUCACCUCACCCCACACACACCUCCACAAGCCCGGUGACGUCAUCGUCACGGGGGUCUUCCCGCUCCACACUUCCGGUUCCGGCAUGUUCCGGUGUGGCGGGGUCAACCAGGACGAGGAAGCGACCAAUCGGGUUCUAGCUUUCAUGUUUGCUGUGGACUCCGCCAAGAGACGUUACCCACACCUCCUCCCCGGGGUUUCUGUGGGCGGGCUGGUGCUAGACUCCUGCUCAGAGACCGCGACGGCCCUGAAGAUCCUGGGAGAUUUCGAAUCUUGCGCGGUCAACUUUGGACAGAACACAAACGAUUCCGAGGACGGAAAUUCAACUGAUUCCAUCAAAGACUCCGCAAAUCCUACUCAAAACUUAGGCUACAUUUUCGACAAAAACAACAACACUUUGUCCAUUUCAGAACUUUUCGACCACGAAAAAAAGAACAUAUUUUUCAUCGGAAACGGCGACAGUGACGUAUUUCAAGGUGAAGGUUACGCUGACGUCACGAAAGCCAUUCUUGAAAUUCUAGCGACCUUGAAGUGGAAGCAAUACAUUUUAAUACUCGAGGAUAAAGGUCAGUACGAAAACGAGGCCAGGGCCAUUUUGUCCGCCAUUUUGAAGGAAAAAAGCUGCAUCGUCAAAACCCUUCCGUCCCGACCCACGGAGGACCCCUCAGUUCACGACCUGCUCACAGACUACCCGGGGUUUCCCGCCAUCCUCCUCGCCAGUUCGGCCAAUCAGAGACUGUUGUUUCAGCAUAUCCCAGAAAACAACACUAACUUCUGGAUCGUUCCGCUCUUGACUGCAGAUAGCCAAAAACUUGAGGAAAUUUCCAGCAUUUUCCCGCUAAACUCACUACUUCUGCUUUCAAAAUGGCAGACAAACGACGAACUAGCCAAUCACGUGCAAACCUACAAAGCUGAGGACAAAACAAAAUGGCUGAAAGAAUUUUCACGAAUUAGACAUUCUUGUCCAUCCUCUCCUGAUGCUCAGUCAAAGUGUUCGCUUGCAGACGACAGUUUCUUAAACUUUAAUUUGACGUCUGGUGCGACUAAAGUUAUACAAUCAGUGGACGUCAUUCUUCAUAACCUGCAUGCACAGUACGUCAAAAAAUGUCCGGGAAAAUCCGGUAUCUGUGAUAGCUUUGCCAAGGAUAUAGUUGAUAAAUUAGGUCUAGCUGCAGGAGACUUUCGUCAAGGGGAGCAACCAGAAAAUUACUUCAAGGGCAUGUUACAUUCCAAGUUGUCUCUUUUUAAUGUCCAAAAAGAUGGCAUAGUCGAGGUCGGGAGCUAUUACCAAAACCUGCUAAACCUAACCAAACCUAUCGUCAACAUGCGCCAAACGACCACAACCGACGUCGUCGUCAGGACCCCAGACACCAACUGCCACACGGACUGCGCAUGCCUGGAAGUGACGUCACCCAACGUCUCGUCCUUCUCUGAGCUUGACGAAUGCCUGUACACCGCCAGUCAGGGGGAGAUCAUUCUCGAGACGUGGACCAUCGCCGUCUUGGCCAUCGCCAGCUCGGGUACCUUCAUCUCCUUGACCUUCACCUUCUACAUCCUGUACAAGAUCCACACCCGCGCGCUGGGCAAGCGCUACAUCGGUCUGGGACUUGCACUUCUGCUGUCCCUCAAAGUCCUAUUUAUUUCAGUCGUGCCCUUUGUUUUUACUCCAUGCGAAGCCGUGUGCGGACUUCGUUUUUUUCUUUCCGGAAUCGCUUUUUCACUAUGCUUUGGUGUUAUACUUGUUAAGUUGAUGACUUUAGAAAACUACAAACUUAUCGGUCUUGGGGGUGAAGUUUCUGGAGUAAACCAGUGCGUUUCGGUGUUUUUUAUUUGGUGCGUGCAGAUCUCUAUAGGCGUGCAGUGGUGGCUGUACCACACGCCGGCUACACAUCUAAAAAUAGACAGGUUCGAGGUGGAGAAGCACGCCUGUGACCUUGACCGGCGAGAUUUCGUCAUCUACCACGUGUACAACAUGUUCCUCAUCCUCGUCUGCUCGCUCUACGCCAUCCGGGUGCGGAACGAGAAAAAGAACAUGGGCGAGUCUAAACUUCUGCUGGCCUGCUGCUGGGCGUGUCUGCUCGUCUGGAUAGCCUGGCCGCUCUGUUUGUUCUACGUCGACCGGAAGUGGUCCGAGAUCAUCAUCUGCUCCGCCAUCUUGGCCAGCGCCACCAUGAUCCUGCUCAUCGUGUUUAUCCCCAAGAUGCGGAUGGUUUCCCGCCUAAAAUACGAGCUCGCGCAGAAGGUCAGCGUGAGGAACGGGUGCAGUGUGGACACGGACUUCCUGUAUGAGCGACCCCACUCCCUCCCCGGCACCUUGUCCAGCACUUUUUCUUCGGGGAAAAUGAACUAUCCUAAAACUCUGACAAACUUUGAAUCGGACGCUAAUUACUGA